AUGCAAUUAUCAUCCACAUCCUUAGUAGAUAAGGCCACCCUGCCUCAAGAUCCUACAAAUGAGCGGACUGUGCGAUAUGCUAGUCAGUCAACUGCUGUCGCCCGCCGGUUUGCUGAAGCCUACCCUGUGGUUCUGCUUGCUCAGUCACAACUAUCACUCAACCCAUUAGUCAACGACAUCACGCAGAGUGGAGGCUCUGUCAAGAUCAAGUUUAGUCCUAAUCUUAGCAUCGCGGCAGCAAUCUACAAUGUUAUAAGUAGAUUUAUUAGAAAGGCUUUCCUAGAACAAAGCCCUGAAGCCUUCUUAGGAAGCCUUAAGCCAUCUAAUAUGGGAGCAUUUAAUUUUUCUACAGGAUACUAUCCACCUACUCUCAUUUUCACAGGUGCAACAGCUGCACUCAAAGGCAGUUCUAGACUAUCUGGGUUCACUAUGAGGAAGUUUAGAAUUUAUACUCUGUCUUAUCAAGACAUUCCAGAUUCAAGAAUUGACCCUAAAUGGAUCGCGGAAUCAUACUGGUUUUUGCAUACCCAGCCCACGUGUUCAUUUACGCACGAAAUAGACCUCAGGCCGUAUUCGGAGAAGUGGUAAAAGGGGGAAAUAAAUGGUUACCCAGCCAUUUUAAUCCUUCUAUCUCAGAUUGUUGUUCAAUGAUGCAACA